UCGUUGUCACCGUCUUGUUUCAUAUAUCGCUAAUUAGUGAAAAAAAAGUCUUGGGAAAUUUCACGAAUAGCUGUUUAUUAAAUAGUAGCUAACUGCAGGUGACGCAUGAAGGCUCAGAAAGCCUAAUCUCCAUUCAGUCACAUUGCAAUCUUAUUGUUUAUCUUAAUGCAGACAAUGACACAUUCAAAGUAACCGCUUAAAACAAUUGAAAGUGUUGUCCCGUGACAUACAAGUUAAUUAUACCCGUGCAAUUUAUAUAAAGGCUUACAGUAGACGGCAGCUUGGCGAACGAAAAUGAUUUUGAUUGGUCCCUUCCGAAGAGCGCUGUAAAAAGUAACAGACAUCACGUGAUGCCGUCUUCUAUGUGCUGCGUCGUCAGGACUAAAAUUUACACUUGAAUAAUGACAAUGAGAAUCGUAAUAUCCAUUUAAUCGAAACACAUAGCAAACAGUAAAGAGAUAUAGAAAAAUAAAAUAACCUGACAACGCCAUGCUGUUUCUAUGGUUACUACCGCACCGUUUCGUAUAGCUGCGCGCACGGUUUUCAAAGAGAAGAGAGCAGUCAGCUGGCGAUAGCACGGAUGGCAACCAAACAGACACACAACGCUUCAUAACUGGAUGCCUCUUUGAACGUAAACACCGUAUUUAUAAGCUUUUAUCGAUAAGUUACGAACCCCAAAGGUGAAUUAAUGUACUUUCUCCGACAUACAUUAGUUUGUCGCGGUCUGGUCAGGACUUGCAAUGGACUUUAACGCGCACGGACCGCAAGGGACGUGUACAAUCAACAGAAGAUAAUCGACAUUUCAACGACAUUGUUAUGAGGGACCGACUGGCUGAUUUGAAUGGGGGCAGGCAGAGUGCCAGUGAAGAUGGGGGUGUCACUGUGUCCAUGGAAAGAGAUGGCUUCAUGCAGGAUUUUUUCAGAAAGGUGGAGGAGGUCAGAGGUGUCAUUGCCAAGAUCUCCUCCCUAGUGAAUGAGGUGAAGAAAAAACAUAGUGUGAUUCUUUCAGCCCCAAACCCUGAUGAGAGGACAAAAGAAGAGCUGGAACAACUCACAGUGGAAAUCAAGAAACAUGCCAACUUUGUCCGGACCAGCCUCAAAUCAAUGCAACAGAAUCUACCUCCAGAUGAACAGAUGAAUCAAGCCUCAGUGGAUGCACGCAUUCAGAAAACACAGUACACUAACUUGUCACGCAAGUUUGUGGAGGUCAUGACGCAAUAUAAUGAAGCCCAAAUGUCCUUCAGAGAGAAAAGCAAAAGCAGGAUUCAGAGACAGCUGGAGAUCACUGGAAGAAUAACAACUAAUGAGGAAUUGGAAGAGAUGCUGGAGACUGGAAACCCUUCUAUUUUCACCUCCGAUAUCAUCUCUGACUCUCAGAUAACUCGUCAGGCCCUUAAUGAGAUCGAGUCUAGACAUAAAGACAUCUUGCGGCUGGAGUCCAGCAUUAAAGAGCUUCAUGACAUGUUUGUGGACAUGGCCAUGCUUGUUGAGACCCAGGGGGAGAUGAUUGACAACAUUGAAAAGAAUGUAAACAAUGCAGUAGAGUACGUCGGCCAAGCUAAAGUGGAGACCAAGAAAGCUGUGAGGUACCAGACGCAGGCACGCAGGAAAUUGGUCUGUGUUGCCAUUUGUGGAGCCGUGUGCAGCAUCAUUCUUCUCAUCAUCAUCCUCAUUGGAGUGUACAGCGAUUAGUCACCUAGAGCAAAACUUUAUUCCCUUUAACAUUACUGUGCCUUUGAGAAAAAAAAAAAAAAGAGAAUAAUUAGUGUUUUUGUUUUGACUGAAAUGUAAAAUGUCCUGCUGCAUACAAUAACUCAAAAACUGCUCUUCAAUUUAUUACCGGUGAAUUGUGUAGAAGAUGGCACAGAUUUAUGGUCGAAGACUUUCCUUUUUGACAUUGCUUUGCCACUUCACUACAGCAACCAGAGGUAAUUUUCCGUCUUUUUAUUUAUUUAAUGCUGGUGAAUACAUUUUGCACAAUUGAGUAAUGUUUUGUAAUAAUACAAUAUGUAACAUUGGGUACUUCAUGCCUUGGGAGAUCCGACUGACAUUGUGGAGUUAAAUAAAAUCCAGCAAAGUGCACUCAAGAUAUAUUUUAUAAACAAAAAAUUAUGUUUGUAUUCAAGAGUCACAAGUUCAUUUCAGCUUUUACACAAUGGUUUGACAGUGUUUGAUAUGACAGCUGGCUCCACACAAUAUGAUGUCAGAUCUGUGAACAAUGUUACAAAACAUCUUUUUGUCACUUAAUGUUGAUCCUUUUUGUAUCUUACAUAUGACUGUCUUACAGGAAGGUAACCAUACAGUCAAAUGCUCACAAAGUGUAUUGUAAAAUAAAUGUGAGUUGCUCACUGCUCAA